GGUCCGCGGGGGCCCGGAAGCGGUAUUGGGGCGGCUGCGUGUAUUUCCGGUCGUGCCGGCGGCGCCGCUGCCCGGGAAGGUGUGGACGCGGCUGCGUCCCUGACUCCGGGAGGAGGAUGUUCUACCACAUCUCCUUGGAGCACGAGAUCCUGCUGCACCCGCGCUACUUCGGCCCCAACCUGCUCAACACGGUGAAGCAGAAGCUCUUCACCGAGGUGGAGGGCACCUGCACCGGCAAGUAUGGCUUUGUCAUUGCUGUCACCACCAUCGACAAUAUUGGGGCUGGUGUGAUCCAGCCAGGCAGGGGCUUUGUCCUUUACCCAGUUAAGUACAAGGCCAUUGUUUUCCGGCCCUUUAAAGGGGAAGUCGUGGAUGCUGUCGUCACUCAGGUCAACAAGGGUCCUGUCUCAGGGGCGUGUACGUCCGUGUUAAUGGUCACGAUGACAGUAGCAUCCACUGAUGGAGUAGUUACUGUGAGCCAGGUUGGACUCUUCACAGAAAUCGGACCCAUGUCCUGCUUCAUCUCCCGACAUUCCAUCCCGUCCGAGAUGGAGUUUGAUCCUAACUCCAACCCACCGUGUUACAAGACAAUGGAUGAGGACAUUGUGAUUCAGCAGGACGAUGAGAUCCGCUUGAAGAUCGUGGGGACCCGUGUGGAUAAGAACGACAUUUUUGCCAUCGGCUCUUUGAUGGAUGAUUACUUGGGGCUUGUGAGCUGAACACCGCGCCUCCUACCAUGUUUGACCCUUGUCUCGGGAGGGUGAUUCUCACACUCCCACGUGGUCCAGAGGCCCAGCCUGGCUGCCGUGGGGAGGCAGGGCAGGCUCCUUGUCCCAGAAGACAUCUGACUCCUUCCGGCUUAGCAGCCACUCCCAGAUUCUGACUGUUCUGACCCUAAACGGUCUUUGGUUCUCAUGGAAGUGUUACCCUCUUUCUUUGGUAAAAACAGCUCUUUUUUUAAAAACUGCA